GACCUUGGUCAUUGGAUCUCGUUAUUACGUCACUGGAAUUGGCCUUGCAGACAAGGGAGACCAUUCAGAGUUGUUUACCUCUCGUGUUCGAGUCGAAAGCUAACAGAAAAUGUUGUCUGCUUUCUCUACAAAGCACUACAGAUUUCCCCCACGCGCUCUCCCAACGUCAGUGAUGGGCAGGAGGCUGCGGAAUAAAAGAAAUUGUUAUUGAGUCAGUUCCGUCUCUGCAUGACAGGCUGUCUUGUGGUUGUAACAUGAUACUGGAAUACGGGGCUCUUCGCUCCAACGGCAAUGUUGCCAGCGAAUGGGAUGUUAACUGCAGCCUUCCUGGUGACCCAGAGAAAAGGCUUGGCAUCUAUGAUGAUCAGUUCUGGAUCUACAUCGGAGUUUACGUUGGACUGGUGCUUAUUGCAGGUCUUAUGUCAGGACUGACAAUGGGUCUCCUGUCCUUGGACACCACAACUCUGAUGGUACUACGAGAUGCUGGUACAGAAAAAGAAAAGAAAUAUGCAGCACGCAUCUUGCCCCUUGUGUCUCGACACCACAUGUUGCUGGUGACACUGCUAUUGGCAAAUGCAGCUGCCGUAGAGGCCAUGCCUAUAUUUUUGGAUCGAGUUUCUGAUCCCAUCACUGCAGUUGCUGUGUCUGUUACAGCAGUGCUUCUAUUUGGAGAAGUUGUCCCCCAAGCUGUGUGCACACGCUAUGGCCUGGCAAUAGGUGCAACUCUGGCACCGCUUGUAUAUUUUUUAAUGGGUAUCUUGAUCAUUAUUGUGUGGCCGCUGUCCAAAGUUUUGGAUUGCUUACUGGGUGAAGAACAUGGCACAUUUUACCGACGAGCUGAAUUGAAAGUUCUUGUUGACCUUCAUGGAAAAAAUCAUCAUGUGUCUCGAGCUCAGAGUUCAGAUGGAGCUGAUGAUUGCUUGACUGUUGAUGAAAUCAUGAUCAUUAAGGGAGCUUUAGACAUGAAGUACAAGACUGUUGCUAACGCCAUGGUGCCCAUUCAGAAGGUGUUCAUGCUGAGUUGUGAUAAUAUUCUUGAUGAUAAGACUAUCACAAAGAUUUUAAACAUUGGCCACUCAAGGAUUCCAGUUUACGCUGGAGAGUGCUCAAAUGUGAUUGGUCUGCUGUUGACCAAAACACUUAUCGGACUUAACCGUGCCCACACCUUUCGUGUUCAGGACCUCUUGGGUUCCAUUGUAUGCCGGCCAGCCAUGUUUGUUGAUGAUACCAUGCCGCUGUUUGACCUCCUAAACGAGUUUCAGACAGGAAGAAGUCACUUAGCCAUGGUGAGAAAGACAGUUCCUGUUGUUGCUGAAGAUUUAACAGUAUCUGAAAAAGCACCCUUGUUAAUGGCUGAGGAACAGCCACUUCAAGUUGACACUGUUCAGGAGAUUGUGGGCAUAAUCACCUUGGAAGAUGUAAUUGAACAAUUACUUCAGGAGGAGAUUACUGACGAGACAGAUGUGAUACCUUUUCAGGAAGUAGGCAGUGCUCUACAGAUAACCAUGGCAAAAGCAGUCAACAGGCACAGGACAACAAAGGGACUGCUACGAAGCAAAAGCCAGCCAAACACAUCGUUUGUGAAUAACCACACGUCACCUCAUUUGUCAGCCUCUCAGCCGCAGUUUUUUUGAGCAUCAUCGAAUAGAACAAGCAGCAAAUGCAGAAAAUGAUUUAGCUGUAAGCACAAAGGAUCUUCUAGCCGAAGCAUCUUUUGAGUACUUCUGAAUUUAUGCAGAAGAUUUUCCCUGCUCUCAAAAAUAGAGAAUGUGUACUGGAGAGAGAAUUAACCAAUACUGGAAGGUGAUAAAGGUCUUACUAGGGAGGAAGUUGAUGGCUUCUAUCUUUUGUAAAAUCACAUGGCUGAUCCCAUUUUGCUAUGUAUAAACAAGAGACAAAUAUACAGCUUUGAUGUUAUUGUCAAGAACAUUGUACUGAAAUGAGUUUCAUUUCUUCUUCACUUUUUUGGUUAAUUUUAUUUUUUAGAAAUGCAUACGAUGUCCUUCAUUGUUUUAUUAUCAUGACCAUUGGGGUUUGGUAACGUUAGAAUUUUGAGCCACAAAUACAUGUACAUAUCUGAAAAAGUAGUGUUUCUCACUUGAUGAACUCCACUUGCUUUAUUCCUUUUUUUAAAUACAUUACUUUUUGAUAGUGAUAUAUCAGCAUGUGUAUGCAUGCAUUUGACUAUACAGGUUUGUGUAAAUACUUAUAUAUGUGUAAGUAUAUAUUUAUAUAUAUAUAGAGAGAGAAAUUUAUGGGGGUGAAAUGUGAAGAUUUUUAUUGUUAUUAUAUUUAUUCUAUGUUAUUCUGAAGAAUUAUUGCUACAGUACCAAUAAUUCUAAAUAUUUAAAAGAUGUAUUGCUCUAUUGCCUGCAUUUAAAUUUCUACUUUAUAUUUUUUACUAAUGUCUUGUUUCAUCUAAGUAGUUUUAAAGACUACUAAAAGAAAUAAAACUUUUCAAUGCCCAGUGACGGUAGUUGUGUGUUCUUCAUAUAGCGAUGACAACACUGUAGAGUCCAUAGACUUCUUGCAGCAGCUACAGCUACCGCAAAAUAGUGUUUAAAUUUGUUCAUCAGCUUUAUGAUAUUUAUGUGCUUGCAUCUAUUAGCAUACCAGCACAGGUGUACUUACAUGCACAUAGAGUUAAUACUUGAAUAAAUUUAUGCUGCUUGAUAUUAUUGCACAAACCUUCAACAAUGCCUCUGACAUUCAUUAAACAACAGGACAACUAUCAUGAUUUUAGAAAAAAAUUUAUUGUAAAAUAUCUUUCCUGCAACAAUUUUGCUCUAACUAAAACUGAGCUUUUCUUGUAUUAUUUUGAUUAAAAGAUUUCAGAGUAUCACUCCCAGAAUAGAAUUUGAGUGGUUGGAAUAGGUAGUCUCCCUUGC